AUGGAAGCAGAGGAGCUGAUCGAAUCCCUCGUCAGAGCGCUCAUGUUCAUCGCUGGAGUCGUAGGAAACAACUGGCUGGCUGUAAGCUCCCUGCCGAAAGCUCUAUCCGGUUUACGCACCAACGAGAUCUUAUUCAUCAACCUGGCGAUCUCCAACCUCAUCACCAACUACCUCGUGGACCUCCCAGACACUAUGGCCGACUUCGCUGGCAGUUGGUUCUUAGGAGAGACUUACUGCGGGGUUUUCCGCUUCAGUGCCGACUUGUCUGAAACCAGCAGCAUUUUCACCACGUUCUUCAUCAGCAUUUUUUGGCACCAGAAGUUGGUCGGGUCCCUUAAAAGAGGCGGAGGUCCCGUGCGUUUGGACAGUCUGCGUUUGGUGGCGUUUCUACUCGCCGGAAGCUGGACGGUGGCCGUGGUGUUCAGCCUUCCGCACUUCUUCUUCGUCAAGGUAGAAGGAAGCAACGAGACCGAGUUGGACUGCGUCGAUUACUUUCCGGAUGUCAUAGCGGGGCAAACGUAUGAAAUUAUUUACCUAACCUUGGCGAACGCUCUUCCGCUCGCUGGGAUCAUAACCAUCAGUGUCCAGAUUGUGAUCACCCUCCUUCAGAACUACAAGCGCGUCAAAGGUCACGAAACGGAACUCUCCAAGAAGAAAGACGCAACGAGGAUCGACGAGAAAAGGAAAGGGGUUGAUGCUGUUCCGCAAGGAAGACCAUCGUCCAAAACACGGUCUCCAAACCUCGCUGGCCAACCGGACGCUCUCCCGAGGCCCACUCAGGUGUCGGCGAAGGCGGGCUCCAGGAUCCACGUGAGGGCGGCGAAAAGCGUGGUGGCAGUGGCCAGUGUGUUCUUGGUUUGUUGGUUGACUCACUUGCUUUUGCGCAUCACCAGUAACGUCAGCAUGUCUCCGAUCGCGGUGGAAGUCGCCAGUUACCUCGCUGCCUCGUACACCUGCGUUAUUCCUUACAUUUUCCUGUCUGGAGUGAAAAAGCUCUCCUGUGCAUGCCACUCGUAG